UGGCGCUAACGUCACUGGCUGUGUGUGGACUACAUGUCCCGGCGUGCUCUGCGCGCUGUCUUAGUGACCUGUCAGUGAGGGUAGAUGCUAGAUUUAGAACCAACCGUCAGUGAGAGGCGGUAGAGGUGGGGAGCUGGGACUAGUGUGGCGGAGAGAGAGCGAUGGCUGAGCCCCGAGUCCGUAGAGGAUGCUGGGGACACUUCAAGAACCAUGGGGUAUAGACUGGAUCCGCAGAAGACAUGGGCACUUCAAGACUUUCAAAUGGUGUGACCUGGCUCCUCCCUCCACGCCCCUCCCCCAGACCCCAGCCUAAGGAACUGUGCCCAGGGAGACGGACAUUUCGAGGAAAGGAUUUAUUGUUAAACCACGUAUUUCUCCUGUCUUGUACAGUGCAAGACUAUGCGUGGGGCAAGCAUGGCAGUGAUAGUGAGGUGGCUUAUUUGUGGGCUAGUGGUGACUCUACGCGGCAGAUAAAGCCAGACAAGCCAUAUGCAGAGUUGUGGAUGGGAACUCACCCCAAAGGUGAUGCUCUAAUCAUAGACAAUCGUGUUACCCAGAAGACCCUGGGACAGUGGAUUACAGCUCAUCCAGAUUGUCUUGGGUCAAAAGUCAGAGAAGCUUUCCAGGAACAACUUCCUUUUCUGUUUAAAGUGCUAUCCGUUAGACUUGCACUAUCCAUCCAGGCUCAUCCAGACAAGGCGCUGGCUAAGAAGCUCCAUGCUCAGUUUCCACAGCAUUACCCUGAUGACAACCACAAACCAGAGAUGGCCAUAGCACUCACCCCCUUCCGGGGUCUUUGUGGAUUCAGGCCUAUAUCUGAGAUUGUAGGCUUCUUGCAGGCUGUUCCAGAGUUUCGUGCACUUAUUGGUGAGGAGGCUGCUCUGCAGUUGGAGUCUAGUGCAGCAGAUCCCUGUAAAGAGGUGGAGGAGCGGAAGGCACUACAGAGAUGCUUCACUUGUAUGAUGCAGAGCAGCAAGAAGGACUGUGCAGAACAGCUUAAUUUGUUGGUUCAGCGUGCAACUCAGCAAGUUCAGAAUGGAGGAGAUGUGUCUUACUGCAUUGGAGAUCUGCUCCUUACACUGCAUUCACAGUUCCCUGGAGAUAUUGGCUGUUUUGCCAUUUAUUUCCUCAAUGUAGUGACACUUGAACCUGGAGAAGCCAUGUACCUAGGAGCCAACGAGCCCCAUGCUUAUCUGGAGGGCGACUGCGUGGAAUGUAUGGCUUGUUCUGAUAACACUGUACGUGCUGGACUCACGCCUAAGUUUAUAGAUGUGGACACACUGUGUGAGAUGCUGACCUACAUAACAGCUCCAGCCUCUGCGAAACAUUUCACUCCUACACCAAUCAGCAGUGACCCCUAUGCUCUCCUCUACAACCCUCCCGUGCCUGAUUUUACAGUCAUUAAAAUUGAGGUACCCUCUACUGUAUCACAGUAUCAUGUGCCACCCAUAGAUUCUGCAAGUAUUCUGCUGCUGGUCAGAGGCCAGGCCUCAAGCCAAGGAUUGAAUGGAGGUUUAAGUCUUCAUCCAGGCGCUGUAGUCUUCAUCUCUGCUAAUGAAAGUUUAUCCCUGAAUGUGGACCCAUCCCACAAUCUCCUCUUGUUCAGGGCUUGCUGUUUGCUGUAAUACAGGAAAUUACUGUAUGUAGUAUGACUGUUACAUCAUCCUUUUAGCUCCAGUAUUAUGGUGUUAAGGAAAAUAUGAAAUGAGUUAUUUUAAAAUAAAUCUACUUUUUACAGCUGAAUAAAAGAGUACAACACUGUC